CAUUCACUCAAUAUGAUUAUGGAAUCUUUCCGCUAAUGCUUAUAUUAUACAUUUUUGCUCCGCCGAAGGUAGCCGAUUAGAGAGGCAUACAUCGGACUAAUUAAAAACUACACACUAUAAUAUACUUGUAAAUUUUUAUUUUUUUCUAAAGAAUAGCUAGGAGCCAUGGAAGGACUCAAGGAGCCAUGGAACUACACACUAUAACCUUUAGCCCCUAGGCAAUUAGCCAUGUUACGUAGUACUUGUGUGUAAAAUAAUUUGAAAAAGUGAAUAAGGCCCAUUUCAAAGGCAAGCGCAAAUAAGGCCCAUCACCGAGUCAGCCCAUUAGGGUACCCAUAAAAGGUAGAUUCCAAGGAUCGCAGCAGGUUCGAUGACUUUCUAGGUCCCACAGAGCAUAGCACUAACCGACAAAGGCAGCGCAUGACAAGCACGUGUAGUUUAUGCCCCCCCCCCCCUUCCUUAUCUACUCCCGGCUUCUCCAUCGCGUCAACCAUACGCCACCACGUGUCCCAAAUCAACGGCCAAGAUUGGAGUAACCAAGAUAUUACCCUUCCCCAAGACAAAGAGGGCAGUAUAAAACAACCUCACCGCAGCAGAAUUCCUCGUCUCACCCAACUCGCCAGACUCACUCCCUCACUCAAUUAAACUUUAUUUUUUCCGAUAAUCUUUACAAUUAACAAUCAGUAAUCAUGUCAAACCCUAAGGUUUUCUUCGACAUGACCAUCGGCGGCCAGCCUGCCGGCAGGAUCGUGAUGGAGCUGUUCGCCGAUACCACCCCCCGCACCGCUGAUAACUUCCGGGCACUCUGCACCGGCGAGAAGGGCAUCGGAAAGAGCGGCAAGCCCCUGCACUACAAGGGAUCGGCCUUCCACCGUGUGAUUCCCGACUUCAUGUGCCAGGGAGGAGACUUCACCGCCGGAAACGGCACCGGUGGAGAGUCCAUCUACGGUGCAAAGUUCGCCGACGAGAACUUCAUCAAGAAGCACACUGGUCCCGGAAUCUUGUCCAUGGCUAACGCUGGGCCCAACACCAACGGAUCUCAGUUCUUUAUCUGCACUGCCAAGACCGCCUGGCUCGAUGGGAAGCACGUUGUGUUUGGACAGGUUGUGGAGGGCAUGGAAGUGGUGAAGGCCAUUGAGAAGGUUGGAUCAGGGAGCGGAAGGACCGCCAAGAAAGUUGAGAUCGCCGACUGUGGCCAGCUUUAGAUCUGGGGGGCUUUUUUAGGUGGGGUCAAAUCUAUGGGGUCUUAAUUUUAAAUGUAAUAAAUAUCUGGUGGUGUUUUAUGGGAUUUUUCUCCUCUUUCUUUUUCUGUUGUUUGGGUCUUUUUUUUAAUUUCUUGUUUAAGGUAGCCGGUUUGAAGUGUUCUUGUUAUGACUGAGACAUGGAUAUCGGAUUGGUAGGCUGACCCUAUCUUCUUCUUUGCAAUUUAAGUACUAUUAAAAAAAUUAUCUCUAUGAAUUGAUCUUUUGGUGCUGUUUUCUCCUGCCUUUUGCCUUUAUGGUUUUAUUAUUAAUUGUGGUUUUCCAUUUUAGUACGUAUUUUUGUUAUUUAAUAAUGUGAUGGUAUUAUUCUGUUAUAAUCUUUUGCCGUUUGACUCGAUUAAAAUCGUACAAGUUGCAUAUAUAUUUUUUUCUCUCUAAUUAAUUUGGGGAUGUUAAUAGGUGCCUAGAUAUUUUCGGGACAGAUUCAUUAGAUGAGAGUAAUUCUGAUUAUGUACUUUUCUGAUGGCUGGAUUAAUUAUCUGACGGGCAAGACAAUGCCGAUAGAAAAAAAAAUAAUAGACAAAUUGUGGCUUAGAAAGUUGGAAAUUUCUGUAGUUUUUUAAGGCCACAUGUACGGUUUACUGUAGAGG